UGUGGCUACUAUUUAUUGAAACAAAAAUUAUAACUCCAUAUACAGGGUGUUCAAGCCAUGUUAAUACCAAUGGAAGAUCAAUAUAUGAAAAUUGUGGAAGAGGAAUUCGAGCUGGCCAAAAGAAGGAUAGAUGCCAGAAUGAUGGGCUGUUCGAAAGAUGCGAGCACGAUGAAGCUGGAGUUUAGGAACAGGAUUGCUCGAAUGAUCUUGACCGGAGAGGAGAUCAAAGGAGAAGGAGAUGUUCCUAUUGAGGUGGCUCUUGUUGAUGAUGUGACAAGAGAUGUUGUAGUUGAUGAACCGGAUGCCUCUGCGAAUAUCGACUUCUAUCUUCUCAAUGUUUCUGAAGCUGGAGAAUCGAUAGUCCCUCAAGAAGAAGGUAAAAAGCCUAUUCUUGCAGCAGGAAAUGUACCUCUGCAGCUGCACAGAGGCGUUGCUAAAAUCAACAACCUCAAGAUCAGAAACUGCGCCACCAAGAUUAAGCCACCGGUGUUCAAGCUAGGCGCCAGGGUUGUUGGUGCUUCUGUUCGAGUCAAGGAAGCCACGACAGAGGCCUUCGCCCUCAAAGAUUUUCGUCAAAAAUAUUUCAAGAAGCACAGGAAUCCAUCUCUAUCUGAUCAAGUGUCGCGAUUGGUGUUCAUUCGCAGAGGUGGUAAGAUCAACGAACGUCUUCAAGACAAUAACAUCUACACCGUGGAGGAUUUUCUGAUUCGACUUCUCUUAGAUCCUCAAAGCCUCGAGAGUAUUGUGAAGACCCAAGCCAAGAAGUGGAAGGCAAUUGUCAACAAUGCUCAAGCAUGCCUAGUCAGUGAAAGGGUGUACUGUUACAUAGAUCCGAAGCAGAAGACAGGUGUCGCCUUCAACAUUCUUGGACGCGUGCAAGGAUUAUGUUCGGGCAGCCACUACUCUCAGACAAGCACGCUGUCUGAAAAACAGAAGGUUGAUGCUAAGAAACUGUUAGCCUCAGCUUACCAAAACUGGAACGAGGUGAAGGCCUUGGAUGACCAGAAUUAUGUCCAACAGCAUUUACAUGAGUUAACUGAAAUGGUGGGUGGAUCGAGCUCAGCAAUGAACUCGUGUGGGGAAGAUGUUGUUGGAUCCAUGGAUGAUGAAAUAGACGUUGUAUAUGAUGCUGCGAUGCAAAGCCCUCACGACUGGCCUUGGAGUCUUUGA